UAUAUCGUGUAUUUUUUUAAAUCACUAAAAUAAUGCACCGAAAAAUACAUUAUUAUGAAUUGCUACGUAUUUUUCUGCUCUUGUCAAUUGUUGUAAAUGUAAGAAGCAGUGAUUUCAAACCAUCAAAAAAUGCAAUUUUAUUUUUAGCGGACGAUGCGGGUUUUGAAAUGAGAUCGUAUCUAAACAAAAUCUGCCAAACUCCAAAUCUAGAUGCAUUGGCUAAGAAUAGUUUGAUAUUUAAUAAUGCAUAUACAUCUGUUAGUAGCUGUUCCCCAAGUCGUGCAUCUUUAUUAACUGGACAACCAAGUCACCAGAAUGGCAUGUAUGGUCUUCAUCAUGGAAUUCAUCAUUUUAACUCUUUCGAUAAUGUUCAAAGCUUGCCAAAAUUAUUGAAAGAAAAAAAUAUUCGUACAGGUAUUAUUGGUAAAAAACAUAUUGGUCCAAGUGAAGUUUAUCCAUUUGAUUUUUCUUAUACUGAAGAAAAUGAAUCUUCCCUUCAAAUUGGUCGUAAUAUUACUAGGAUUAAAUUAUUGGCUCGUGAAUUCCUUUCUCAGAAUAAAAAUCAGCCCUUUUUUCUGUACAUUGCUUUCCACGACCCUCAUCGAUGCGGACACAGUAAUCCAGAAUAUGGUAGCUUUUGCGAGAAUUUCGGCAACGGAAAUCCUGGAAUGGGAACCAUCCCUGAUUGGAAUCCUAUUUAUUAUCAGUGGGAGCAAAUAAAAUUACCUUAUCAUGUACAGGAUACCGAACCUGCAAGAAGAGACAUUGCAGCACAAUAUACAACAAUGUCGCGAUUAGAUCAAGGCAUUGGUUUGAUAUUGAAAGAAUUAGAUAAUGCUGGAUUAACAAAUGACACCUUAAUUAUUUACACAUCUGAUAAUGGAAUACCUUAUACAAGUGGAAGAACAAAUCUUUAUGAUCCUGGUAUGGCUGAACCUAUGAUUAUAUCAUCGCCAUAUCACAAGAGAAGGCAUAAUGAGGUUACUUACAGCAUGACUUCUCUCUUGGACAUUGUACCAACAUUAUUAGAUUGGUUUGAUCUCAUUCAUGACAGCAAAGUUAACAACUAUAUUUCCACUCUUACUGGGAAGUCAUUGUUACCGUUAUUAGAAACUGAGCCGAUUGAAAAUAAUUUAACAGCAAUUUUUGCGAGUCAAAUCAGUCAUGAAAUAACUAUGUACUAUCCCAUGAGAGCUAUAAGAACUAAAAAAUUCAAGCUUAUUCAUAACUUGAAUUAUAAAAUGCCUUUCCCAAUUGACCAAGAUUUUUAUAUUUCUCAAACAUUCCAAGAUUUAUUAAAUAGAACCCGUGCAAACCAAUCACUUAGAUGGUAUAAAAAUAGUUUGAAAGCAUAUUACUAUAGACCGGAAUGGGAAUUAUACAAUUUAAAACAAGACCCAGAAGAAUUAAAUAAUAUUAUUACAAAAAAAUCUAUGAAGUCAAUAUUUGACGAAUUGCGUAACAAACUCUUAGAUUGGCAAAAGAGAACAAAAGAUCCAUGGUUAUGUUCACCUAAUGGUGUAUUAGAACCAAUUGAAGAAGAUAAAAAUAAUUUUAAAUGUAUGAAUCUUGAAAAUUUAAUUUAAUUUCUUACUUAUUUAACAAAUCAAGUAUGAUGUCAAUAA